AUGGCUAGAGCAACAAGUUCAAGAGCAAGAAAACAAAGACAUGAUCCGUUAUUGAAAGAUAUUGAUUCAGCUCAAGGUAAUUUGAAAAAGAUCAAAUAUAAGAAAUCUCUUCAAGGUGGUGAUGAAGAUAAUGAAGAUGAAUUUGUGGAUUCAAAAGCUUCAAGAAAGAUCUUACAAUUAGCCAAAGAACAACAGGAUGAAAUUGCAGAAGAAGAAGAUGCUGAAAUGCAAAUAAAAUUUCAAGACGCUGCAAGAUUUAAACAGAUAAAUUACGCUGAUGAUGAAGAAGAAGAGGAAGAAUCUGAUGAACAAGCUGAUAAUAUAUCUGAUUUUGAACCAGAAGAAGGAUUAGGUGAAGAACAAGAAGAGGAAGAGUUAAUUGAAAUAGAUGAAGAAGAUGCUGCUAUGUUUGAGCAGUAUUUUAAGAAACCAGAAGAAUUUAACUCUAUAGGCGGUAGUUAUAAUUUAGCUGAUAAAAUCAUGGCAUCCAUCAGAGAAAAAGAAUCCCAAUUACAAAAUACUGAGCCAUCUGAUAUAGCUAUUGAAGGCACAGAACAAGGAGCUCAUCAAGAAACAUCAGGAAUGAGAAGUACUGAAGGUGUAGCUUUACCAGAAAAGGUCAUCAGAGCCUACACGACGGUAGGAAGUAUAUUGAAAACUUGGACUCACGGGAAACUACCUAAAUUAUUUAAAGUUAUUCCAUCCUUGAGAAAUUGGCAAGAUGUUCUUUAUGUCACUAACCCAGAAGCGUGGUCACCGAAUGUUGUAUACGAAGCUACAAAAUUGUUUGUUUCUAAUUUAUCCGCCAAAGAAUCUCAAAAAUUUAUCAAUUUAGUCCUUUUGGAACGUUUUCGUGAUAAUAUAGAAACAAGCGAUGAUCAUAAAUUGAACUAUCAUAUAUACCGUGCGUUAAAGAAAUCUCUUUAUAAACCAAGUGCAUUCUUCAAAGGUUUCCUUUUCCCAUUAGUAGAAACAGGUUGUAACAUUCGUGAGGCAACUAUUGCUGGUAGUGUGUUAGCUAAAGUUUCUGUUCCAGCUCUACAUUCUUCUGCUGCAUUGAGUUACUUGUUAAGAUUACCAUUCUCUCCAGCCACUACAGUUUUCAUUAAAAUAUUACUAGAUAAGAAAUAUGCCUUACCAUACCAAACAGUUGACGAAUGUGUUUAUUAUUUCAUGAGAUUCAGAAUUCUAGAUGAUGGUAGUAAUGGGGAAGAUGCAGCUAGAGUCUUACCUGUCAUAUGGCAUAAGGCAUUCCUAACGUUUGCUCAACGUUAUAAGAAUGAUAUUACUCAAGAUCAAAGAGAUUUCUUGUUAGAGACUGUUCGUCAAAGAGGUCACAAGGAUAUCGGUCCAGAAAUUAGAAGAGAAUUAUUAGCUGGUAAUAGUAGAGAAUUCGUUGAACCCCAGGGAACUGCUGAUGAUGACUUAAUGCUUGAUAUAUAA